AUGGACGGUAAAACGGGGAACAGCGCUACGGCUAGCAAGCCAGUGUUCUUUUUUGAUAUCGACAACUGCCUGUACUCUAGAAGUCACAAAAUUCAUGAUCUCAUGGCGAAGCUCAUCGACCAAUACUUCAUAACACACCUCUCGCUAGGUGAAGAAGAAGCAUCGAGAUUGACGAGAGAGUACUACAAGACCUACGGCCUCGCCAUCGAAGGCUUGGUCCGCCAUCAUAAAAUCGACCCUCUGGACUACAACGCAAAGGUAGAUGACGCCCUGCCUCUGGAGGAUAUUCUGAAGCCCGACACAGAGCUCCGCGAGCUCUUGGAGGACAUCGACACCAGCAAGGUCACGCUCUGGCUUUUCACAAAUGCCUACGUCAACCACGGAAAGCGCGUUGUGCGACUCCUGGGAAUCGAUGACCUCUUCGGCGGUCUGACAUACUGCGAUUACGCUCAGUAUCCUUUUGUAUGCAAACCAGCAAAGGAAAUGUUCCGCAGGGCCAUGGAACAGGCGGGGAUUGAAAACCCAGUAAAUUGCUACUUUGUCGACGACUCCUAUGAUAAUUGCAAGAGUGCAAAAGAACUUGGGUGGACGGCCGCACACCUUGUCGAAGAAGGGUUGCCGAUCCCCGAGACCCAGGCUUCCCAGUUCCAGAUUUGUCAUCUACGAGAGCUUCGCGACAUUUAUCCCCAAUUCUUCAAGUCCAGCGUUCAAAAAGCUAGAUUGAGACACACAAGAAUUAUUUGA